AUGAACCCCAUCUCCCUUCUCUCUCUCCACGACGAUGUCCUUCUCGCGAUAUUCUCCUUCCUCGGCCGCGACGAUGCACUCGCGAUCUCUACCACCUCCAGACGCGCCUACCCCCUUGCCAUAUCCCGCGUCUUCGCCAACGUGUGCUGGGACAGAGACCUCAAAGUAAACGACAAGGACGCCUCCGAAGCCCGCGCACUGUCACGGUAUAUGCGCGCACCGGAGCCGUUUUCCCAAGUUUCCCGCGUCCAGCACCUCCGCCAUUUCACCCUCCGCCACUUUUGCGAUGUAGAUGUUCCUCCUUUGCGCGAACUUCUCAGCCAGGCCUCCAACCUCCGCACUAUUGAGAUCCACAGCUUCGAGUUCUUCGUACACCAAGACAGACUCCUCGUAGACGCUAUCGGCGCCAUGCACAACCUCGAGCAAGCACGCCUGAUAGACGUCGGUCCUGAGACGGUGGCUUCUCUGCCUGAGAUUCUCUCGAGUCGGUGCCUGGCAUCGUUGACUCUUGAAUUCGACGAGAUGCACUUUGAGUCUGGAGACAUUGACCUCGCGGCCCUCGUGUCCGGACUCUCCUCUAUGCAGAGCCUACACACCCUCGCCCUCGUCUCGUACCUCGUGCCAACGGAUUCCCUCCGACUCCCUAAUCCAAUCCAAACCGUCCUUCCCUCCAUUCUCCACCUCUCCUUCCGCUGUCUUGCUCAGAUCCCCCCUGGUAUCAUCCCCCUGUGUCCAAACACCAUCACCUUGUCUCUUUUGCUGAAUGCGGAGGGAGGGCAGCCCGUGAUAUUUCCCAUGGAAGAAGAAGACCGAUGGCCUGUCGGACUCAAGCGGCUCGACGUCCCCUCCAUCGCCUUCAUCCCACGGGCUGCUAGCAGGCGCAUCGGGCACGUCGGGUCGUUGGCAUACGGGGCCAGCACGCCGAUAUCCAACUCAAUCGACUUCUGCGACACCCUCGAUCUUCUUUCGGCCGUCCGGCCCACCGCUCUCGAGCUCCACACGGCACCCACGAUGAGGGAUCCGGGUCGUGUCUGGGACACGCUGUGUGGUGCCGCGCCCGGGCUGCGCUCGCUCGAGAUCGUCGUCGCGCCGGGCGAGUACGACGUGCGCCAAUACAUGGAGCCGCUCCUCGCCGCAGUGCGAUCCAACUCGCUGACACUCGUCCACUUGUCCCUGCGCUUCCCGCCGAUCCCACAAUACUACCACGCGUCGAGCAUAGCGGAAGUGGACGGCUGGCGCGCGACCGAGUCCCGCCGCGUCGAAGCGCUCCGCCCGCUCCCUCUGCGGAUCGUCGAGGCCGUCCCGACGCUCCGCGUCCUCUCGAUCUCCUCUUGCCUCCCCGGAUCUACCGGCUUCGACACCAGACGCGGGCGCGCGCGGCACGAAGGCCUCGACGCGGAGGUGAUGGCGGAGCUCGCGCGCGAGAACGCCAUCGAGCAGCGGUGGGGACCGACGAGCGAGUUCGUCAGCCCGGCGCUGCGGAGGCUGAGGGAGCUGCGGAUGGAGAUCCCGCGCGACGAGCGGUGGUGGUGGGUAGAGGGCGACGGCGCGGCGCGCACUCCGGUGGAGAUCUGGAGGGAGGCCGGGGAGAGGGCACGCAAGCUCAUCGGACACAGAGACUUUGACCCUGCGACAAGCCUUGACGGAUUCUACUCCGCGAAGUACCGAUAUGAGCGGUAG